CGCGAUAAGAAAGACACCACGGCGAAAAAGUGGCAGGUAGAUAAGCAGCCAUUCUCGAACCAUUCGCGCCUAUUCCGUUCCAUCUCCUGAUCUCCGUUCGCAUCUCCGAUGCCUCCCAUGGGCAUGGCGUCCACUUCCCUUCUCGCCCCCACCUCCUUCGCCCCGGCCGCCGUCGCUGCCACGGCUCGCCGCAGCUUCUUCAGCCACCGCCCCCCUUCCAGCCUCCCCGCGGUCCGCCUCCGCCUCACCCGCACGUCCUCGCUCGUCGCCUCCGCCUCGGCCUCCCCGCCGCGGUCGCUCGACGCCCUGAUCUUCGACUGCGACGGCGUCAUACUGGAGUCGGAGCACCUCCACCGGCAGGCCUACAACGACGCCUUCGCGCACUUCGGGGUCCGCUGCCCGCCCGCGGCCGACGCCGACACGCCGCUGUACUGGGACGAGGCCUUCUAUGACGACCUCCAGAACCGCAUCGGCGGCGGGAAGCCCAAGAUGCGAUGGUACUUUGGAGAAAAUGGGUGGCCUACUUCAAAGAUAUUGGAGACAGCACCUUCAAGUGACGAAGACAGGGAGAAGUUAGUUGACGUUAUUCAGGACUGGAAAACAGAGAGGUACAAAGCAAUAAUCAAAUCUGGAACUGUGGAGCCUAGACCUGGUGUUUUGCGGCUGAUGGAUGAAGUUAAGGGUGCGGGCAUCAAGCUUGCUGUUUGCUCUGCGGCAACUAAAAGUUCAGUGGUGUUGUGUCUUGAAAAUCUUCUUGGACUUGAAAGAUUCAAUGGUCUGGACUGCUUCCUCGCCGGCGAUGAUGUUAAAAUGAAAAAACCCGAUCCAUCGAUAUAUAUUACAGCAGCAAAGAAACUAGGUUUGGAAAGCAAGAACUGCCUUGUAGUAGAAGACAGUGUCAUUGGACUACAAGCAGCAAAAGGAGCAGGAAUGUCAUGUAUAAUAACAUACACACCUUCAACUGCUAACCAAGAUUUCAAGGAUGCAAUUGCAACCUAUCCCGACCUUAGUAAUGUGAGGCUUGAGGACCUGAAGCUACUGCUCCAAGAAUCUCUCGUCACUGGAUAGUGGAAUUUCCUGCUUUCCACGGUCCUUUUUCUGCUGGUGGCGAUGCAAUCCACGCAGGGGUUGGAUGAUCCCCACUAAUUCAUUCACCUCCACAAUCCCUCUACUAAAUCACUGCUCGGUUAAACGUCUUGCCCCUCACCCAAUCUCGUCACUGAAUUGUGCAAUUUUGCUGUUACAGUGUAGCGGCAAUAGUUUGGAGUUACAACAACGACAUGCCAAACUGAAUUUACAGUAGAACACAUGUACUGACAGGGGCACAUACUCAGCAUUUCAUACGCAGAGAAAGUGAUCUGAAAAGGAAAAGUGAGAAAAAAAACGUAACAUUGCAGCUGUUGGUGA